GCAUACUCCAGGGAGGCAUGGAUACAAUGCCGGCAAUUUCUAUUUGGCGUAUUCAUAUACUAUUUUAAUUGCACUAAAUAAAUAAAUACUGAUACAUUGAAUUGGUGCUCCAUAGAUGUGUGUUUUUGUCAUCAUUAGUGAAAAACAUUGCUUUGUAAUGUCAUGGGCAAAGGCUCGGAAGUUUUAGUGCUUUUGUACUUUGUUCUGUUGUUGGUGAGGGCGGGGAAGGAGAAGGGCGAGUGGAGGAAGAAAGACGGAGCUUACAAACAGCAUGUCCUGACAUGCUCGGUGAAUGCCCAGUCUCUAUAUGUUCGCGAAUAACGAUGAAGCUGCGAUAAACAAGAAACUACCAAAGGAACUUUUACUCAGAAUAUUCUCCUUUCUGGACGUAGUCACCUUGUGUCGCUCUGCUCAAGUCUCUAGGUACUGGAAUGUCCUGGCACUGGAUGGUAGUAACUGGCAACGGAUCGACCUGUUUGACUUCCAAAGAGAUAUAGAGGGUCGAGUAGUAGAGAAUAUUUCUAAACGAUGCGGUGGUUUUUUACGAAAACUUAGUCUGAGAGGAUGCCUCGGAGUGGGCGACAACUCUUUACGGACCUUUGCUCAGAAUUGCAGGAAUAUCGAACAGUUAAAUUUGAAUGGAUGCACAAAAAUCACAGAUGCAACCUGUACUAGUCUAAGUAAGUUUUGCUCGAAGCUAAGAAGUUUGGAUCUAGCGUCAUGCACGUCGAUCACAAACUUUUCUUUGAAGGCUCUGAGUGAAGGAUGUCCGCUUCUAGAACAGCUGAAUAUAUCCUGGUGUGAUCAGGUAACAAAGGAUGGAAUUCAAGCACUGGUGAGGGGCUGCGGUGGACUGAAGGCUCUGUUUCUGAAAGGAUGCACACAGCUUGAAGAUGAAGCUUUGAAGUACAUUGGUGCUCACUGUCCCGAGCUGGUCACUCUGAACCUUCAGACUUGCUCUCAGAUCACAGACGAGGGGCUGAUAACGAUUUGUAGAGGAUGCCAUAAACUGCAGUCACUCUGUGUCUCUGGCUGCAGUAACAUCACGGAUGCUAUUUUGAAUGCAUUGGGACAGAAUUGCAUUCGACUUAGAAUAUUAGAGAUUGCUAGAUGUUCGCAGUUAACAGAUGUGGGAUUCACCACGUUAGCCCGAAAUUGCCAUGAGCUUGAGAAGAUGGACCUGGAAGAGUGUGUUCAGAUUACAGACAAUACUUUAAUACAGCUUUCUAUUUACUGUCCACGGCUCCAAGUGUUGAGUUUGUCUCACUGUGAAUUGAUCACUGACGACGGUAUCCGCCAUCUUGGGAACGGGGCCUGUGCUCAUGACAGAUUGGAAGUGAUAGAAUUGGAUAACUGCCCGCUGAUCACAGACGCCUCGCUGGAGCAUCUAAAGAACUGUCACAGUCUGGAGAGGAUAGAGCUGUACGAUUGUCAACAGAUAACACGUGCUGGGAUCAAGAGACUCCGAACUCACUUACCCAACAUCAAAGUCCAUGCCUACUUUGCUCCAGUGACACCCCCUGCAUCAGUGAGUGGUGGUCGCCAGCGUUUCUGCAAGUGCUGCAUUGUUCUAUGACACCAACUUUGUCCUGCCCAAAUCUAUUUAAAUAGCAUUGCAAUGGAGGCGAUUGAACAUGUCGUCAGUGGCGAUCCUGGUGCAUUGUGAGACUGUAUAGUAAGGGCUGUCCAAUCACUGUGGCUAUGACUGAUCGCAUGGUUACCAGGCAGCACCUGUGAUGCCCAUGUCUGUGGGUGCAGAUAUGUAGUAGUCCCAUCACUGUAUGAUUCAAUUCAGAUUUUCCCAACAACACGGAUAAUUUAUUUUUUUGGAUUUUUGAGGGGAAAGAAAAUUAGAUUCCAUGUGUUGCAGUGGGGGAAAUUCUUUACAUACCCGCUCGUGAAAAAUGUAAUGCAACCUACCAACACACACGUACUGUGAGACACAACCACAUUAUACUGUGCACUAACCCUUUUGCCCACUAUUCUCUCUGCAUGGGAAAGGAAGGGAAUUGUAACAUGGAAUUUGUGGCACGUUGGCCUGUGAAAGCUUUGCACAAGAGUUUCUUGUUGGUCCAAACCGACUGCAUAUCUGUCAUUCCUUCCCUGGAAAAGAGGCUACCAGCUGGUAUUUUAGGCUCUGCAGCUCACUAUUUCUGCUGUCUUGCACAGCUUGGCCCGUGCUACAGUCCUGCAUCCUGUAGCAUCAAGGUCGUUUGUUUUCUUCUUGAGAUACGCUGAAUAUUUUUGUUCCUUGUGAAAUGUUUGAGUCAAUGGUCUCUCCGCCCGAACGCACGGAGUACGGUUCCUCAGGUUAAUGGAUGCCUGCAGUACCACACACAACAGUCCACUGUUGAAGUAAGGUGACCAUAUGAUGACAUUGGUGUAUCAAGCAUAAUUAGUGUUUGGGGUGGGUGCAGUGCAAUAUGGUGCAUUCUGUCACAAUUCUAUCUUCAUUUGUCCUAUUUAGGUAGAAUUGAUGGAUAGAAAUUUAGAUCAGGAGCCCAAGUUAAAAUUCCAUUCAAUGAUUGUUUAGUUAAUUAUAUAAACCCCCUUUAACCUGGCUGAUGUUGAAAGACUGAGGGAAGGUGAGGAAUCAUAUACCUGGUUGGAUAAACUUACUGGACCAUGGGAGAACUGAUAGGGUUUUCUCUUUGCUUGUUUACAAGAAUGGGUGGAUUUUUUUUUAAGCCCUGUUACCUUAUUGUGCAAUACAGUCAGUUCAUGAUACAUCUUAACCCUGUGUGUUUUUGAUGUGUGUCAGUUCUUCAGUGGUUCAGAGUGUCAGAUGUGGUUAACGAUUUCCGUAGUUCCAAACAUCCAGGAAUGAAAUUGUAACAUUUCUCACGAUCCGCCUGCCUCAUUCUAUGUAACCCAUUGAACAACAGUCCCGAUCUUGUUUCAGAUAAAACACUAACAACCUACCAAUGUGUACAAGUUGUGUUCUCGGAGAUCUAAAACAUACCAGAUGUUGGAGGGUUAGAGGUAAAUGUUAAGAAUUAAAAUGUAAAAAAUGUAAAAAGCUUUUAAAAAAUGUUUUCAAUUUUACUUUGGAGGUGGGAAAGAGUGAGGACUAAAGUGAUUCAUGUGUCUUAUGUUUUCAUUCUUUAUAUUUUAAACUGAGCUUGCAGGCACUUGCUUGAAGUUCUGAAAUCAGUUCUGCAUUCCUGAAUUAUUAUUCUUGAAAGUUUCUUGAAAACAUUCAAUUAUAAAUUUACGCAUUUAACAUUUUUUUUAAAAGUUUGACCUCUCGCCAUUGGAUCCACAAACAUUUUGUUCGUGUGGGUCAUUUUGAGAUAUGGUUGCACGAGGAAAUAAGCCUGGGACUGGCCUGUGGAAGAGUAAUUGACGGAGCUGUCUCUGUAUUUAUGGCUCAGCAAUUUCAGCAGUGACUCCGGGAUUGUUAUCAUUUCAUUCAAGUUGCUUCUGACUGCAAAGGCCCAAGAGAUGGAAAUCUGCCACCUUCACAUGCCGAGUUGGCAAUUGGCGGAAUUGUAGAUGCUGCAUGUUGAAUUCUUCUUCAGGAUUUAAGUUCCAUUGAAGCCAGUGAAACAAGUUUAGAAACCUAGUACAAUGCAGAGCCAUUGCAUGUCCAGUGCAUGCAACUUUCAGCAAAUAUCCAUCCCAUUGUCUCCAGGCAAUGGGACAGGCCAUGUUAUGUGUGAAGAUCAUGGAACCCAAUCCCUCUUCAAAACGAAAUGACAAACCAAAUACACAAGAAGAGACUUUAGCUGAGUCAUUAAUUUAUUUAUUGUGGUAGAUGUUUUUCCCAACUGUUCUAUACACCAGAUGGAAGUAAUGGUAAAAUGAAGAUAAAAGUCCGUUUUUCUGUGACUUGCCUAUUAUUAUUAUUAUUAUUAUUAUUAUUAUUAUUAUUAUUAUUGAUGUACGGGUUUCCUUUUAAUUUAUUUAUUUUCUGCUUUGCUAUUCAGUCAGUCAUUUACUUUAAACAGCAAAGUUGUUUAAAAGGCUAAUUAUCUUUGUGCCCUUUCCAUCCAAUAAUAUUGUUCCUCUAAAAGCGAAUGCAAUGGAAGUUUGCUGAAAGCUGCUUCCUGGUGGCUGCCAUAUCUUUGGCAAGAGACCAAAGCUUGUAAUCUUUCCCCAAGUCGGGCUGAGCAGUCUUUAUAGAUUCUUCCUCUGGUCCUGCCUUUUCUCUACCAUAGACUCUGUUCCUGUUGCUUUUGACUUAUUUUUGGAUUGCUUCCUUAACAGCUGGCUUUCCUUGCAGACACUUAUGUUCAUCUUUUUUCUUCCCUUUUCUUGAUAUUGCCGAUUGCAAAUGCCAUUCAGCUGACUGUCCUGUAAGCUAGCGCUAUGCAAGAACAGCUGACUUGCAUGCCACAUUCAUAACAUGCCACCAGAAAAUGUUAAAUGAAUGCGUGAUUCGACUUGCAGUAACUUGUUCACAACUCUGUCUCAUCCUAUUCAUCAACACUUCCUCCAAAGGAAAAGUCCAGGAGAAUUAGUCAAUAUCUAGUUACUACUAACGUGACUUUAUUUGAUUCCCAGUAUAAUACUUGGGUUUGGUAGAAUGUUUGGAGAGAGAAACAGCUAGUGUUCUGGCUGAUGGUUUCAGUUUUGGUGGCAUUAAACUGAAUGAGCAUAAGACGGGUGUUGAAUUUUUGCUUGAUCAGUGAUUUAUUUUAACCCUGAUAUAUUUCCCGUCUCAAUGACCCUGCAGAUUUCCAUAUAGUUGUCAGUGCCUUGGGAACUAUAUGAAUAUACCUUGUAUGGUCCCCUUGUUACCUCUAACAGACACACAUAGCCUCUGGCUCCUCAGCCUAUUCAUCCAAAGCUGUUGACUUGUUUGUGUAACAUUCAGGAGUUAUCAGACAAACUUGUAGAUAUUGACAGUUUACAGUGGCUGCUGGUCUCUAUUCUAGCACUGGUAAGUUUCUGCUCUCCACCUUUCUCUGUGGCAUUGUGUUUGACAUCUCGUGCAUGAAUGUGUUGUCCUGUUAGCAGUGGGUGUUCGCUGUAGCUUUCUUGCGGUGGUUUGUUUUGGUCUUGACUCGAUAGUCCGAGCUAGAGUAAGGGAAACAGAUUUGGAUUAUUUUUGGUUGAUGAAGCCAAGAUCUGAAAGACUACAUAGAAAAGCAGUAUAGACAGUCGUCAUCAUGUCCACUUCCAUGCCAGCUGAAAAAUCCACCCACACCAAUUACCUCUUCAAUUCUUCCCCUUUACUUUGGAGCAUGUUAAAUUCUCAUCCUUUUUGGCCCAUAAUCACCUUGAAACUAUAAGUAAAAGACCAUUGUUCAUAUGAUGCAACUUUCUUCAACUUUUUCCUUUUACUUAUUGCCUUAAAUUUGUGCGCUCUAGAUGUUAACCUCUCAGAUGAAGGGAUUAAUCCUUCCCUUGUUCUAUGCAGUCCUCAAUUUUACACCUCAAGUAAAUGUCUUGCUUCAUUAGUAUCUAGAUUAAUAGCAAUCUGAUGUGGAAGUAGCAGUGGUUAAUUUAGUGGAUGUACCCAUUAUUGGUAUCUAAUAGAUUUUGGAACUUGGAUGUUAAAUAAAAUGUGCUUGGCCUGGUUCCAGCUCACUUCUGGGGUAUGAAAUUCAGAAAAUAAAUCUUUUUGGUAAUGUAGCUUGUCUGAACUAAUUGGAAAUAAGACAUUCUCCUUAUGAACCCAGUGCAGAAAAGUAUGAAACUCCAAAGACGUACAGGUUUGUAGGUAAAUUGGCUUGGUAUACGUGUAAAGUGUCAGCAGUGUGUAGGAUAGUGUUAAUGUGCGGGGAUCUCUGGUCAACGCAGACCCGUUGGGCCUGUUUCCGCGCUGUAUCUCUAAACUAAACUAAAUACUUUCCCACAUGUGCAUCAGACUCCCAUCCUGUGAUCAAUAGUGUAGGUGGGUCGGCCUGCAAAGUCAAUAGGUACAUCUACUUGGUCACAGUCUGCAAGUCUCAUUACUACACCCCAAACAUCAAUUGUCAUGGGCCAACUCUAAAGUGGUGGUGCUGUACUUGACCAAUGUGAACCUGUCGUACAUCCCUUGGAGUGAAGUUUGUCUUUCUACCAUAUUGGGUAAGACAUCCAGGGAGAUAGCAUCAAAGUAUUUGGAAAAAAUAAGCAUCAAAGACCUCAUGGCCACAAACUACACUGAAAUCUUACCAGCUCUUCAACAUGUGAGGCCUCUCUGAGGUUGGUUAGAACAAGGAAUACAGUUGUGAUGGGACUGCAUGAAAAAGGGACCAAAGAAGGGGAACAUUGAUGAUCACAUCUGUCAGAUGAUAUUUAGCUAAGCAACUUGAUGCAGGGGAACUUUAAAAAGUGAAAUAAACCACAAUGAACAAGUUGGGACGAAACUUUGACAGAAGUGGUAAAUUUCCAAUUCUCUUGGUGGCAUAUUAAUAUGAUGCAGUUACAUCGGGAUUAUUACAUUGGGAAUGCCAACAUCUGCCUGCCUCCCAUGUGUGGCUGGACAGUAUUGUGCUCAUCAGCACACCUGACUAUCCCAGCAGGUGCCCUGGUCGGCUGGAGUGGAUCCUGAUUCGAGGAGAUCAUUUUAUUUUUCUGUCUGUGCAAUAGAAAGUGGCAUUUCCAGUUUUUGUCUGUACCUGGGAUGUGGAUUUUCCAUCAAGAUCAAGAGUUUAUUUUUCACCCCUAAUUGCUCUGAGUGCAGUAGUGCGCUACUUUCUUGAUAGCAUUUUUGGACAACGGUAGCUUGUUGUGGACACUUCAGAGGUCAUUUUAAAUCAGAUCCAUUACUGUGGUCAUGCAGUCAUUAACAAACUAAUUUGUGUUUCCUUACCAACCUGAAAUGUUAUGACAAUCACUACUGACAGGUUCUAUUGACUUUAAAUUACCUAGCUCUUUGAAUCCUCUUGAACAUUAGUCCAUGCCUCUGGGAUGCUAAUGUAACACAUCCACAAUGCCUCCACCCCCACAUCUCCACAUGUGAAGUGGCUAUCUAUGUCGUCUUUUAAUUAAAAUGGUUAUAGCUUGCCACUGGUUCACAGAAACAAAGGACGUUUCUGUCCACCAGUGGGAAUGUUGCUUCAUUAUAAACUGCUGCUCUUGUUUAAGAACCAACGAAGGGCGGCUGUGAAUAGUUGUGUGCAAUUGUUGAGAAAUGGCAACCCAUUUUAUUUAGUGUCGGUAAAAAUAGUUGCAGAUCUGGAGAAUUUAUGGUGAAGUGUCCAAGUGGUCGGUUACAUAGUAUUAUAGAAUGGGCUUCCAUGUGCCCCUCCCUCAUCAGAUGAAGCUUAUUUUUUUGAAGUUGUGUGAAUAUUAUGAAUUGCACACUUUGCAAUACUUGAAGUACAACUAAAAAAAGAAAUAUUUUCACUUCAGUGUUAAUUUGACAGCUUUCUGAGAAUAUGAUAUACAACAUUGCAUUAAUAUAGCAGAAUGCUCUGUUGACAUGACCUGAUAAGGCAUACUAUCAAUUUUAAUGUAGCAGGAGUUGUGAUUUGCCUAUACUGCACUUUAUGCAGGAUCCAUAUUUGCUCACCAUUGAAUUUACACAAAUUAGCCCAAGCUACCGAGUUGGUGUUGGUCUUGGUCUUCAACCAGUUGAGUGUUGUGUUAAAUCUCAUUUGUCCAGUGUAUCCUGUAUUUGGCAUGGUAGUUAUCUUCUUUGCGGUGAUGGCUUGGCGUUGAUCUUCUGGGUUAACUGCAUUUUUAGGUUAGACACUUUAAGAUUAGGUCAACUUCUUAUGGAGUUGGGGAAUGGUUGGCCUGAUGUGAAUUUGCAAACCAACUCAAUUCCACUUUUGAAAGACCAGUGCAUUUGCUUUGGAAUCUACUUUAAAGCAAGAUCUAAAGCACUGAUGUUAACAUAUUCUGCCCAAUGACUGCAACUUUUAAUAUCUAAAAAUAUUUUCAUGUUUUCUGUGGAAAAUGUAAGGAUUUACAGACUUUUUAAAAAUCCGCUUCAAACUUCAGCGGUUGUUGGGACAGUUAAA